ACGUCUCAAACAGAGGGGGGCACUAAUUUCCAACGAGUGAUUGUACACAAGGACUAGCUGUAGUUCGCAAAGCAAUCUAUUCUAUUCGAGACUCCUGAUUUAACGAAGCCAUGGACAACCAUUCAUACAACUUCCCCUCCGACUGCACCCCGCUCACCAACUGCAAGUCUGUCCGUAAGCCGGGUGGAUCCACCGUGGUGAACAUGGGCAACGCUGGCAAGAAUCCUCCCCGAGACUAUCUCCUCUGGUCGCUGUGCAACACCUUGUACGUUAACUUCUGCUGCCUGGGAUUCGUGGCUCUCAUCUACUCCAUCAAGGCCAGGGACCAGAAGACCCAGGGUAACCUGCAGCUGGCCCAGGAGUGCUCGGACAAAGCCAAGUGGUACAACAUCCUGGCGGCCGGCUGGAACAUGCUGAUCCCACUCCUGGCCGUCGUCCUCAUCGUCCUCCUGCUCGUCCACCUGGGCUCGUCCCAGGGCUCGUUCGACUUCCUCGGAGAGGACGGCCUCAAAAACUUCUUCAAACUUUUCAGUUGGUAGAUCGACUGGGGGGAGGGAGAGAGAAAAGAAAGAAAUAAACAAACACAUCAAUCUCAAAAUGUCGACCCAUUCACAGUCACCGUCAGGAGAGGGCAUUUGAUUAGGCUCAGCAGAUUAGGUCAGACGUGACAGCUUCUUAUAUCCUUAGUCAGAGUACGGCAUGUGAUACAAGUCUUAGCGUUCUUUUCUGUAUGGACGUCAGAGACUGCCGAGCUUUUGAAAACCUGUUCAGUAUUAAAAUAAUCCCUAUUGGUAAAAGUAAAUGUUAAUUGGGGUUGUGUGUUAUAGGAAUAACUGUCAAGGGAUGCACCGAUACUGAAAUGCUGAAAUCAAAUAUUUUGUCAAUACAAAACUAGACAGGAAAUUUGACCUAUAUCUGAGAGCUACACAUUUAAAAAAAUGAUAAAUAAAGCAUAAGACUUUUGAAUAGGUCACUAAUUGGUCAACCAAUGAUACAUUUUCAGUGCCUGUCAUUUGGCAUUUCUCCUAAUUUGUAUUUUUAAUUAAAAAACAUUAGUAUCAGUACAUUCCUAAUUGUAAUGCCAGUAUUAGAGGCUGUUUAGCCUGCACCUGCCAGUCUCUCAGAAAUGGUUAGAAAUUUGCUGAAAAGAUUGAAGAUGCCUGAAAUAAAAUAUAAAACGAAGAAUGACUAAGAGCUGAAUCCAGACUGAAAGACUGAGCAUGCAGCUACUCUGAGUCAUAUUUGUUGUUAUUUAUUGUAUUUAUGAUGAAUGUGGAAUUUGGAUGACAGCUGAAGUUCCCUCUGGUCAGCACAGACAGAGGAGAGAGAGAGAGAGAGAGAGAGAGAGAGAGAGAGGAGAGAACAGAUGACUGUGGAGUUUGAAAACCGUGAUGAUGAGAAGCCACUUUACAAAGGACGAUCAACACUCACCUCUCAUUGAUAGUCCUCUAUUUUAUGUCUUAAAGAAUUUUUUUUAAAUUGUAUUACUGCUACAAUAGGCUACAUAUAUUUUGUCAUUAUUCAUGUAUUUUAUUCAUUUAUUUGUUGUUUUACGUAUCUUGAUCUUCUUCCAACCUCUUGUGAGUGAGCUUAAUAAAACAGAUACUGUAAACUCAGUAUUAGAAAACAAA